AUGGAAUACAUAUUUCCGCUUCACCGCGGCAAUUUUGGAACAACGGUAUGGAAACGUAAUGAACGAGAACGCCUACGGGUUCGCUGCGUAAAUGAUGGUUACGAAAGGCUUCGCAAUCAUUUACCGCUCACUGAAAGCGAUCGUCGUAUCAGUAAAGUGGACACACUACGACUAGCGAUCCGGUAUAUUCGUCAUCUGGAUGCACUGCUGCAGAGUUACGAUCACUGGAUCAACGAUCGUCGUAUCAGUAAAGUGGACACACUACGACUAGCGAUCCGCUAUAUUCGUCAUCUGGAUGCACUGCUACAGAGUUACGACCACUGGAUCAAAUGUGACUGCUUCCGGACAUUUCAAACUGAAUCCGAGGAACGCGCCGAGCGACUGCGACGAAUUGACCGACGAAAGCGAGCCUUGGAUUCAUCCUCUUCGUCAGCUUGA